GCAUUAAUUCCUCCCCCUUGUCAGCACAUGCAUUCCACUUUCCAGUUUCCACUCUUUGGACCCCUAAAUUUUACCUCAUCCACAAGGAAAGCACCCCGCACCCCAUCCCCUCCCUAUAUUUCACCAUUUUCAGGCAAUUCCUAGUCUAUAAUCUUGGAUAUCAUCCUAGGUUAAUAACAACUAAAGUUUCCUAUAUCGGAUUCUGGUUACAUGUGUUUUGUCGAACCCAACACUUUCGUUUUUGUAGUCUUCUUUCCCUUGUCAUGAAACCAACAUCUUCCCAAGAUUUUCCUUAGCUUUUUUUCCUUUUCAGUUUCCUUUUGGUUUCUCCUAAUCAGCGCUAGCUUGUACAGUAACGAAAACUAUAGAAUGAGAUCAGGUGGUUGUGCGGUGCAGCAAGUACUCACCGCCGAGGCCGCCGGCGUUGUAAAACAGGCGGUGGUGCUGGCUAAGCGACGCGGCCAUGCACAGGUGACCCCGCUUCACGUAGCCAACACCAUGCUGGCGACUUCCAGCGGCUUGUUCAGAAUUGCCUGCCUGGAGUCCCACUCCCACCCUCUCCAGUGCAAGGCUCUUGAGCUUUGCUUCAACGUGGCUCUUAACCGGCUCCCGGCUUCCUCAUCUAACCCCAUGUUAGCUCCUUCUCAUUCUCAACAUCCCUCCAUCUCAAACGCACUUGUGGCAGCCUUCAAGCGCGCCCAAGCCCACCAGCGCCGUGGCUCAGUCGAAAAUCAGCAGCAGCCGCUCCUUGCGGUGAAAAUUGAGCUCGAGCAGCUCAUAAUUUCUAUAUUGGACGAUCCUAGCGUUAGCAGAGUGAUGAGAGAAGCUGGUUUUUCGAGUACUCAAGUUAAAAGCAAUGUGGAGAAAGCAGUUUCAUUGGAGCUGUGCUCUCAGAGUUCUCCUCCUCACAAAAACAACUCCAAAGAAAACAGCCUUCUAACUUUACAGCCCUCUUCAUCUCCUCCCACCACCCAAAAUGAAAGAAAAACCAGAAACCCGUCAGAAAUUCCAAUUAGAAAUGAGGAUGUGAACAUUAUAAUUGAAACUUUAUCAACGAGCAGAAAGAGAAAGAGUCUUGUGAUAGUAGGUGAAUGCAUUUCGAACUUAGAAACUACAGUUUCAGGUUUGAUGGAUAGGGUUGACAAAGGAGAGGUUCCUGAUUCUUUAAGGGAAGUAAAGUUCAUAAGUAUCCCACCACUUUAUUCUUUCUGCAAUCUUCAGAGGGAAGAAGUUGAACAGAAGAUUGGAGAACUAAGUUGCCUUGUGAAGAGUCUUGUCGAAAAAGGGGUUAUUUUGUACUUGGGAGAUCUCAAGUGGAUAAGUGAUUACAGGGUUAGCUUAGAGCAAGAAAAGAGCUACUACUGUUCCGUGGAGCACAUGAUAAUGGAGAUUGGCAGACUGGUUUGGGGAAUUGGAGAGAUUGGAAGGUUUUGGCUCAUGGGAAUUGCUACUUUCCAGACUUACAUGAGAUGCAGAACCGGCUACCAUUCGCUGGAGACUGCUUGGGGGCUGCAUCCUAUCACAAUUCCUGCUAAUAGUUUGGGCUUGAGCCUUGUUUCUGACAAUGAUAGAAGAGAGGAAAAUCAAUCUUCUUCGCUGCUGCUUACAAAUGGAGAGGUAAAACUCUGCGCUGAUUGUUCAGCGAAAUUCGAAGCCGAAGCUCAAGACAUACAGACCAGCGUUCUGUCGGGCCUACCUUCUUGGCUUAAGGAUGAACGUAGAAGACUUAGUAACAAUAAUCAGAACUGUGACUCAGUCAUGGAACUACGCAAGAAAUGGAACUCAUUCUGUAGUUUAGCCCACAAACAGCCCAGAUCAUUAGACGGAAUCCUAACGCUCUCCUCUCCAUGCACUUCUUGCUUUUCAUUCGACCAACAAAACCCUAAUAAUUCCUCGUUGUCUGGACCCAUGUGGAAAGACAGCCGGCACUCGGGUUCUAAUCUGAUAGCACACUUACAGGAGAAUGGAGACUCAAGAAACACAUUUUCUUCUAAUCCCAGUAAUUCUGCUAAUUCAUCAAGCGACGUUAUGGAGAUUGAGUACACCCAGAAGUUCAAAGAAUUCAACGCUGAAAACCUGAAUAUUCUAUGUAAUGCAUUGGAAAAGAAGGUGCCCUGGCAGAGACAAGUCAUUCCUGAAAUCGCUGGAACCAUACUGCAAUCCAGGUCGAGAAUGUUAAGAAGAAAAGACCAAAGCGAUUAUCGUGAUCAUGUCAAAGAAGAAACAUGGCUGUUCUUUCUCGGCCCUGACCCGCAAGCAAAAGAGCAAAUUUCAAGAGAAUUGGCUAAAAUCGUGUUCGGCUCUUACUCAAGCUUCCUGUCCAUCGGUUUGAGCAGCUUCGUUUCGUCGGACGUCGACUAUCGAAACAAAAGAGGAAGAGAUGAAGAAAGCUGUAUGAGCUACAUCGAGAGGUUUGCUCAAGCGGUGUCUUUCAAUCCUCACCGGGUUUUCUUGGUGGAAGAUUUGGAUCAGGCGGACUACUGCUCGCAGAUGGGCGUAAAAAGGGCAAUUGAAAGGGGAAGAAUAAGGAAUGCAUGUGGUGAAGAAGUUGGUUUUUAUGAUGCCAUUGUUAUAUUGAGUUGCGAGAGCUUCAGCAGCAGGUCGAGGGCCAGUUCGCCUAAUUCCUCAAAGCACAACAAGACGGAGAACGCGGCCGCCGGCGCCGGAGAAGAGGAGACGGGCCACUGUGGUUCGUUGGAUUUGAAUGUUUCGUUUGAUGAUACCACUGUUGAAGAUCGGCCGGUUGAUGAUUUAGGAAUUCUUGAAAAUGUUGAUAGGCGCGUAGUCUUCAAGAUUCAAGACUUGUAACUUUUUGUUUACCCCUUUUUUGCCUUGUAGAAAAUGGAAGAACCUUUGAUGGGUGACUGUUUUGGUUAA